CGUUGAUCUGCGCAGAAACAGUACAGAAAAAUACCACUUCUUUCCCACUUCCACAGUCGGCCUAAUCAAUCGGAAAAUAGCAACUCCAAGAAUAUCCAGCACUCGGCGGCGGCGGCGAUGAUGACGGAAGGGCUGUUCCACCGUCAGAAUCAGUCUCAGAGGAUGGCAUUCGCUGGCGUUUUUGCCAUUCUCCUCCCAAUUUUCUUCCCUCAUCUCUUCCGUCCUCUCGGCAGAGCCUCGCCGUCUCUCUUCUCUGUAAUCCCUUUUUUCUUCGAUCCAUCCCUCCUACUUCAUUUUCCCUAUUCAAAUCUCAUUUUUCGCUUUUCAUUUGUCGCAUUCCCUGGUUUCCGAUUUCACUGUUUUUCUUUGCCGCCAUGCAGGAAUGGAUUGCUCCGAGACCAAGGCACUUGCCUCUGUUGAAAGCUGCUCUGACUCGUCACAUUCCCGUCAGACAACAGUCUGGGCUUUGGGCUCCUUUGCCUGACCAAGGAUGGAAGGCUUGUAAUGAACCAACUAUUGUCUCUUCAUUACCUGCAAAAUCACAAGGGUAUAUACAAGUCUUCCUAGAUGGAGGGUUAAACCAGCAAAGAAUGGGAUUAUGUGAUGCAGUCGCAGUUGCUAAGAUACUCAACGCAACACUUGUUGUUCCGCAUCUUGAUUUGAACCCUGUUUGGCAAGAUUCAAGUUCAUUCAGCGACAUAUUUGAUGUGGAUCAUUUUAUCAAUGUUCUGAGUAAUGAAGUCAAGAUAGUUAAAGAGCCACCCAAUGAGUAUUCUUGGAGCACUAGAGAGUACUAUGCGACAGGUAUACGGCCUACCCGAAUCAAAACAGCUCCUGUCCAUGCUUCUGCUCAGUGGUAUCAAGAUAAUGUCUUGCCUGUACUUCAGAGCUAUGGAAUAGUGGCCAUUGCGCCCUUUUCUCAUCGGUUGGCCUUUGAUCAGCUACCUAUAGACCUCCAGCGCCUGAGAUGUAAAGUGAACUUUGAAGCACUAGCAUUUGUUCGUGAUGUCAAAGUGUUAGGUGAGUUGAUUGUUAAUCGUCUACGCAAGACCAAACACCAAGUCUUGGGAUCUGAGUUGAGGGUAAACAAUGAUGGUUCUGGAAAUGAUGGCUCUGGAAAAUAUGUAGUAUUACAUCUUCGAUUUGAUAAGGAUAUGGCUGCUCACUCAGACUGUGACUUCGGUGGAGGUAAAGCUGAAAAGCUUGCUCUGGCGAAGUACCGGCAAGUGCUGUGGCAGGGAAGAGUGUUGAACUCUCAGUUCACAGAUGAUGAGUUAAGGAGCCAAGGGCGUUGUCCAUUGACACCUGAAGAGAUUGGACUACUGCUAUCAGCUUUAGGCUUCAGCAAUAGCACUCGCCUCUAUCUCGCAUCCCACAAGGUCUAUGGCGGAGAAGCAAGGAUUGCUACUUUGAAGCAGUUAUUCCCUUUAAUGGAAGAUAAGAAGACUCUUGCUUCGUCAGAGGAACUGGCUAAGGUUGAAGGGAGAGCUUCACUAUUAGCCGCAGUUGAUUAUUAUGUCAGCUUGAAGAGCGACAUAUUCAUAUCUGCUUCACCUGGAAACAUGCACAACGCAUUGGUGGGACACAGAGCCUAUUUGAAUUUGAAGACCAUAAGACCAAACAUGGUACUGUUAGGUCCAUUGUUCCUGAACAAGAGCAUGGUAUGGUCAGACUUUGAAGCUGCAGUUCUCAACGGUCACAGAAAUAGACAGGGACAGAUUAGGCUGAGGAAGGAGAAGCAAUCUAUUUUCACUUAUCCUGCUCCUGAUUGUAUGUGUAAAUCAUAACAUAUGCACGGUUCGCUUUUCCUGAGAAAAGUGGUCAGUCUAGUUUGUUAUGUCAUUCCUACCCUUCGUUCCAACACCUUGCUUUCUGCAACUUGUAUAUUCAUUCAACUGCAGCCUGUAGGUUCAUCCUGUAUUCAUGGUUGAUAGUUCUUCUAUCUCGUCAGUCAGAUCGUAUUGCCU